CGUAACUUCCUGCGUUGCUCCAUCGGUGGCGGGAGAUCGCAGCAUGGCGGUGCAGCCGAAGCAGAACCAAAACCUGUCCAUGGACAGCGCGGCCGAACACGGCUUCCUGAACUUCAUUUUCUCCAUGACGGAGAAACCGGACACCACUCUCAGGAUAUUUGACCGGAGCGACUACUACACCGUCCACGGCAAGGACGCGCUGUUUGCUGCCAAGGAGGUUUUCAAGACCAAUGGAGUUAUCAAAUACCUGGGUUCAGGGAGUCGUAAGCUGGAGAGCGUGAUCCUGAGCAAGCUGAACUUUGAGGCCUUUGUGAAGGACCUGCUGCUGGUGAAGCAGUACAGAGUGGAGGUGUACAAGAACCACAGCAAGAGCAGCAAGGAGCACGACUGGAGGAUUGAGUACAAGGCUUCUCCAGGAAACUUGACCCAGUUCGAGGACAUUCUUUUCGGCGGGGGAACAGGAGGCGAGGGAUGCGCGGGAGUGGUCGCCGUGCGGUUUACAACGGGAGCCGACGGGCAGCGAGUGGUCGGCGUCGGCUACGUCGACGCGGCCCAGAGGACCAUGGGAGUGAGUGAGUUUCCGGACAACGAGAUCUUCUCCAACCUGGAGUCCCUGCUCGUCCAGAUCAGUCCCAAGGAGUGUCUCCUGGCCCAGGGGGAAUGCAGCACCGAUUGGAACAAGCUGCGGGAGGUGGUGCAACGUGGCGGCGUGCUGGUCUCAGACAGGAAGCGGGCCGAGUUCAGCAGCAAAGACGUCGUCCAAGACCUCAACAGGCUGCUGAGAUCUAAGAGAGGAGACGCUGUGGCCAGCAACACGCUGCCUGAACUGGACAAGCAGGUGGCCAUGUCGUGUUUGGCUGCGGUGGUGCGAUUCCUGGAGCUUCUCUCCGACGAGUCCAACUUCAACUCUUUCAGCCUCACCACGCUGGAGCUGGGUCAGUACAUGAGGCUGGACAACGCUGCCGUCAGGGCUCUCAACCUCUUCCAGGGUUCGCCUGACGACACCACUGGAGCUCAUUCAUUGGCUGGUCUGUUGAACAAGUGCCGUACGCCGCAGGGUCAGCGGCUGGUCAACCAGUGGAUCAAACAGCCCCUUAUGGACAAAACCAAAAUAGAGGAAAGGCUAGACCUCGUGGAGAGCUUUGUGUGCGACUCGGAGCUGAGGCAGACUUGUCAGGAGGAUCUGCUGCGCCGCUUCCCGGACCUUCACCGCUUGGCCAAAAAGUUUCACCGUCACUCAGCCACGCUGCAGGACUGCUACCGCGUCUACCAGGCCGUGAGUCACAUCCCGGCUCUCACCGCGGCUCUGGAGAGAUACUCAGGAAGCUACAAGGUGCUGCUGCACGCGGCGUUCACCUCGCCUCUCACAGACCUGGAGACGGAUUUCGUCAAAUACCAGGAGAUGAUAGAAACCACGCUGGACAUGAACCAGAUCGAACACCACGAGUUCCUGGUGAAGGCAUCGUUUGAUCCCGUUCUGAGCGAGCUGAGGGAGAAGAUGGAUGCACUGGAGAAAAGCAUGCAGGCGGUGCUGAGCAGCGCAGCCAGAGAAUUAGGUCUGGAAGCUGGUAAGACGGUGAAGCUGGACUCCAACGCCGUACUGGGCUUCUACCUGCGAGUCACUUGCAAGGAGGAGAAGAGUCUAAGGAACAACAAGAAGUUCACCACGCUGGACGUUCAGAAGAACGGAGUCCGCUUCACAAACAGCAAGCUGAGCUCUCUGAACGAGGACUACACCAGGAGCAGGGAGGAGUACGAGGAGGCCCAGAACACCAUCGUCAAAGAGAUCAUCAACAUCGCCUCAGGUUACGUGGAUCCCCUUCAGACGCUCAGCGACGUCAUCGCGCAGCUCGACGCGGUGGCCAGUUUCGCCGUGGCCGCCGUGUCCGCUCCGGUGCCGUACGUCCGGCCCCGGCUCCUGGAUGAUGGCCGCCGGCGUCUGGAGCUGCUGCAGGCCAGACAUCCCUGCAUGGAGACGGACGCAGACACCGCCUUCAUACCCAACGACAUCACCUUCAUCCAGGGGGAGAAGAGCUUCUAUAUUAUAACAGGACCAAAUAUGGGUGGAAAGUCCACGUUUAUCCGGCAGGUGGGUUUGAUCGCACUGAUGGCUCAGAUCGGCUGCUUCGUGCCGUGCGAGAAGGCGGAGCUCAGCGUGAUCGACAGCGUGCUCGCCCGAGUGGGAGCGGGCGACAGCCAGGUGAAGGGCGUGUCCACCUUCAUGUCGGAGAUGCUGGAAACCGCCGCCAUCCUGCGCUCGGCCACGGAGAACUCCCUCAUCAUCAUCGACGAGCUCGGCAGGGGAACCUCUACGUACGACGGCUUCGGGCUGGCCUGGGCCAUCAGCGAGCACGUCGCUUCCAGAAUCGGCUGCUUCUGCCUCUUCGCCACGCACUUCCACGAGCUGACGGCGCUGGCGGCGCAGCAGCCGGCCGUGCACAACCUGCACGUCACCGCGCUGACGUCUCACAACACCCUCACGAUGCUGUACAGAGUCAGACCAGGUGUUUGUGACCAGAGUUUUGGGAUCCACGUCGCUGAGCUGGCCUGCUUCCCUCCGUCGGUGCUGGCGGCGGCGAGGGAGAAGGCGGAGGAGCUGGAGGAGUUCCAGGAAACGGCGGGGGAGGAGCCGGAGCAGGAGGAAGAGCCCGAGGCCAAGAGGCGACGGACUGAUAAGCAAGUGGGAGAAAGCCUGAUCCAGGACUUCCUGCAGAAGGUGAAGGCACUUCCUGUCGCCGCCAUGACAGAGGAGGAGGUGAAGGCGGAGCUCAGGAGAAUGAAGCAGGAUUUGGUCGCCAAAAACAACACGUACAUCGCCGAGAUCCUUGCUCGCUGUGCUCCUGUAAAAACCGCCUGAUCGCUUCAUUUUCUUCCUCCAGACUCAUGUUCUGUUCCCUGCUACACGUUGAGUUCAUGUCUACUUUACGCUGCAACACUAGAGCCCCUAUAAUGUAUAGUUUUUCAAUAAAGAGUUUCUUACA